CCUUUGCACAUGUGCGUUUAUUGAAAGGACAGUGUGAAUAAUGAGUUGUAUGUAAUUUUAGAAUUAAAACCAGUCUUUUUGUGAAAACUGUUGAAUAAAUUUUAUUUAGAAAUCUAUGACCAUGGACCGGCAAAGUAGUUAUUUAAAUAUGUUCCCAUCUGUUGACCCUGGGGUAAUGCAAUAUGGCUCAAGUGCUGGUGUACAAAGUAUAUCACCUUAUUUAAAUGUUGACCCAGCUUACUUACACCAGGAUGCUCCACAAUGGAUAUUUCCUGAAGGUGCUUCACGACAAAGAGGACGUUUUGAACUUGCUUUUUCACAAAUUGGAGGAGCAGUCAUGACAGGUGCUUUUCUUGGUGGAGUUCAAGGUUUUUAUGGUGGUUAUAAACAGAUGAGCGCUCUUGAACAAAAAGCUAGUGUAAGAAGAACUCAAUUUUUAAAUCACAUUACUAAAAGGGGAGCUGGUACUGCAAAUACUCUUGGUGUUGUUGCUGUAAUGUAUAGUGGUUUUGGAGUUCUCUUUUCCUGGUUACGAGGUGUGGAUGAUGAAGUCAAUACUAUUGCUGCUGGUACAGCUACAGGUUUAUUAUACAAAUCAUCAGGUGGUCUACGGAAAUGUGGUAUUGGUGGAGCUGUUGGUCUGGGUUUAACAUCUAUAUAUUGUUUAUGGACAAGUAAAGAAAGAUUAAAAGAAGUAUUUCAUGUAUAGUAUAUAUUU